GACCACUAUAAUUGGUUCGAAUGGACGAAUUGUAGAGAUAAAUGGAUGCAUAAAUGAACAAUUCUCUGGAUAGUCGGCCAAGCCAAUCACUGUAUCGUAAAGAUUUAACAAGCUUUUUAGUUUAAAGCAUAGAAAAUGAAUUUUUAAAGGGACUAUUUCUGCUUAACACUUCAAUAACUCAUGUCACAUCCGCCCAUAACAGUCGUGUUUCAUUUAUUUUUAACUUGUAAUGCGACUUAGAAGAAACAUCUUGAAGAAAUUGCGUCGGGACGCUAGUAAUUCUAGCGUCGGCCCUGUGUAGAUGUACUGAGGGAAUGGAGAAAGGAACUUAUAGGAAAUAUAAUAUAUAACUCCGAUAACUGUUACAGUCUAAUUGGUUAUUUGUUUGUGACUGUGGCUUAGUCACAGGUGGUCAGUAAUGACUGACAUGCAUUGUGGAGUCCUGAGUGGCUCUAAACCAGUGGAUGAUUAAAACAAUUGUCAAUCGUCCAACAGUCGCUAUCCGCUAAACAUGGUUUUUAGGAAAGCACUUGCACGUGUCAUAUGUGUCAAUAUCUAAAUAAAACAUCGACGUGUCUGUCAAAAUGUAAAUAAUUUAGAUGUUUUAAGUGCGAAUGUAUUAUUGAUCAACUUCUUUUGAAAUCUUUUUACGCAAUUUUCUUCGCAAUGUCGUACUCUAUUAAUAGACAACCCUUGUUAGGGGGUGCAUCGGACAGUGAAUUUGAAGAUGAUUUGGAAACUGAAGUUGACGAUCCAAAUAUUUCUGUGCCUGAUGAGAAACCAUUUUUUAAACAAUAUGAACCUUGUGAUAGGUAUAAUCUUGCAUACAUAGUUUUUUAUUUACUUGGAAUAAAUACCCUGAUACCAUGGAGUUUUUUCAUUACUGCUGACGAUUAUUGGAUGUACAAGUUCAGAGAAAUAAAUGAAAAUACUACAAAAUAUUUGAAUUAUACACAUGUAGAAAAUUUGGAGAAGAGAACUGAUCUGCAAGCUAGCUUCACAUCAUACUUAAGCAUAGCAAGUUCUAUACCAAAUACAUUCUUCUUAAUUGUAAAUGCACUUAUUAGUAAAAAGGUUCCUUUAAGAAUGAGAAUGGUGGGCUCUCAGUGUACAAUAUUGUUGUUGUUCAUUUUGACAACAGCAUUUGUUAAAAUUAAUACGGAUAAGUGGCAAGAUGCAUUUGUUGCAAUUACUUUGACCACUGUGGCAGUUGUAAAUGCUGCAAGUGCAAUUUUUGGAGGAAGUUUGAUGGGUAUUGUUGGUCGUCUUUCACCAAAAUAUAUAACUGCUAUGUCAAGUGGACAAGCUCUUGGAGGCAUAUUUACUGCUAUCACGGAAAUUUGUUCUCUUUGGAUUGGUGCUAGUCCAAUACUCUCGGGUCUAGUAUAUUUUAUCAUUGGAGAUAUUAUUUUACUUUUAUCAUUGAUUGCUUAUAUACUUUUAGAAAAUACGAGGUAUUUUAAACAUCACAUGUUGGAAAAAACAUCUGGAACCAUAGAAACGAAUUUGUCGAUAACUGGAGAAGUAACUUUUCCACUAAGUACUUCAAUAUCUUAUACGCGUAUCGUUAAGAGAAUUUGGCACUAUGGUGUUAGUGUUUUUCUAGUAUUUUUUAUAACUCUUUCUGUAUACCCAGCAGUUACAGUGUUAGUAGAAAGUCAAUAUAAAGGGAAGGGUUCUGCAUGGAAUGAUAUCUACUUUGUACCUGUGGUGACUUAUCUUAUUUUUAGUAUCGGAGAUUAUGCUGGAAGAAUAUUAUCGGGCAUACUGCAAUGGCCGAAAAACAGACCGUGGUAUGUCGUAUUGUUAAGUGUAAUGAGAGUCAUUUUUGUACCAGCUCUCAUAUUUUGUAAUGCACAACCCAGACAUCAUCUUCCAGUUUACAUUUAUAAGGAUGUUUAUUAUAUUUUAAUAACUAUAAUGUUUGCCAUUAGUAAUGGCUACCUGUGCAAUUUAACAUUUAUUUUAACUCCUACAGUUGUAGAAUCUCAAGAAAAAGAGAUGGCAUCUGCUAUGAUGGGAGCUUUCCUUGGAGUGGGAUUAACAUCAGGAGCUGCAAUUAGUGUGCUCAUGGUCAAAGUGAUUUAAUCUUCAUUAUUAAAUGCAGUAGAUAUUCAAAUGAUACCGCACAUUAAUCUCACUGCCUAUUUUAUAUUGGAGUUAAAUAGAACCACACAGAGUUCAACUAUGCUAAACUAAAAAAUAAUGGAAUUAUUUUAUAUUUGAUGAAUUUAUACUUUAUAAAUGUAAUGUUUGAUACUUUGCAUGAAUUACUUAAGUA